GCUUGCUAGCGUUCCUGGAAUCCCGAAUUAUCUUCCACAACUGCAGCCGAGCGCGUAUUCAUCCACGACACAACUAAGUUGUGCCCUAAUCGAGCCGCUUCGUGGUCCCGUGUCCUUCGCCUUUUACGUAGCACAAUGUCUUUCUUCGGUAGCAGAAAGGUGCCUCGGCCACCUCCCGUUGUACCCCCGCCGCCUGUCCCGCGCUCCGGCCCCGAAAUCGACGCGACGACGGUGAUAUCGCUCUUGGCUGUACUCGCUCUUCUCGGUGGCGCUUACGGUGCAUCGAUAAAAGUCCUACCAAAGACUACCGUCCUCAAAACACGCGUACUUUUCAUCUGGCACCUCUUCGAUGCUCUGAUCCACUUCGUCUUUGAAGGCUCCUUUCUUUAUAACUGCUUCUUCGUCACAUAUUCGUUACCCACCUCUUUUUCCGCUGCAUCACGCAACCACCCUCAUAUCACUCUCUUUACCCCUCCGGAUGUGUAUUGGCUGGGCAGGCAGGAUCUUCUGUAUGGGGCGAACUAUGGGACCGGUCCAUUGAGUCGACUGUGGCAGGAGUAUGCAAAGGCGGAUAAGCGAUGGGGUGGUACGGAUCUAACGGUCGUGGCUCUCGAGAUUCUGACUGUGUUCGUGGCUGGGCCUUUGGCAUGCUGGAUAUGCUAUCUCCUUACCAAAGACGAGAAGAAGGGUGCGUUGAGGAAGUGGUUUUGGAUGAUAGUCCUGGCCACAGGGGAGAUAUACGGAGGCUGGAUGACUUUUGCGCCUGAGUGGCUGACCGGAAGCCCCAAUCUCGACACAAGCAACUGGAUGUACCUCUGGCUUUACCUCGCUUUCUUCAAUGGUCUGUGGGUCGUCUUUCCACUCUGGAUCUUAUACGAAGCAUACAAAGCUAUGAGCUCAGCCAUGUCGCAGGCCGAAAUGGUUGAUUUAGUCAACUACCUCAAAAAGGAUGAUUAAACCUUGACAUGCAUACCGUAGCAACUCGAUAUGUAUGCAUUGAGAGCACAAAGACAAGGUCUUACGGCGUGCACGUCGUGCCAGGUGUGCCUCUCGCGAUCGAACACUACGACACGAGAUCUACUUCGGAACUUUCUGUUACAUAUUGUCGACAUCCCA